GGGUUAAAAUUAUCAAUUUUUCUUUUAUGCCAAAAAUCAUUAGGAUAUUAAGUAAAGAUCAUGUUCCAUGAAGAAUUUUUUACAUUUCCUACCAUAAAUAUAUCAAAAUUUAAUUUUUGAUUAGUAAUAUGCUUUGGUAAGGACUUUAUUUGGACAACUUUAAAGGUGAUUUUCUUAGUCUUGUUAUUUUUUUGCACCCUCAGAUUCUAGGUUUUCAAAUAGUUGUGUCUCGACCAAAUAUUGUCCUAUCCUAACAAACCAUACAUCAAUGGAAAGCUUAUUUAUUUUAUAUGAAUUAAAAAAAUUGGCCUAUAACUGGUUUUGUGUUUGUGGGUCACAUAUAUGCAUGCUAAACAAAAUAUGCAUUUUACUAAUGUUCUGAAAACGUUGUUUUUUUUAAUGUUCUCUGAAUGUUUUUUCUUGGUUAUGUGAAUGUUAGAAAAAACAUUAGAGGCAAUUUUCAAUUUUAUUAUUCAAACAUUAUGAGAAUGUUACUUUUGAAUGUUGUCUAAACUAAUCUAAUCUAUCUAAUCUGUAACAAGUUGCAACAUUUAAAAAACAUAAGGCGAAUGUCCAACUGAAAUGUUUCAGAAAAAACAUUAAUGUCAGUAAUCUAGAAAUAGUGUUUUGAUAACAUUAUUAGAGACAAGAUAACUUUAAUGUUCUAUGAAUGUUAAAUGAAGAAUGUAUGUUCAUAAAUAAUCUUGCAAAUUCUGAGAAGGUUCCCUGUUAGUUGCGAUUGGCAAACGUGAGCGUUUUUCAAUGUGUUUUUCUAACCCUUCCUUUUUAUCGCUGGAAUGUGACCUUGAAACUAAAUGAGAACUAAACAUGGUUUCACUGCCCCAACACGUUUUCUGAUGUGUAAUAUAGCAGCAGCGUGUGAAACAGCGUAUGGCUACAGACCAGUUGUAAAUUUUGUUUUAUAUCCACAGAACCUUCUAGAAAUCUUGACUCGUGCUUUUUCGAAACAUCUUGAGAAUAUAAUCUGUUUUGUAUUUAUUUCAAUAAAUUCUAUUUAUUGAAAGGAGUUUUUGUUUAUUAUCUCCAUAAUGAAUUUGGAGAAGCUCCAGCUGAGCAAGCAGGACAAGACCUUGACGGACUCGCUUGAACUUUUGGGUCUGCUGGACAAUUCAGAAGAUGAGUACCUCAGCACUCAGUUUGAGUGUAAACAUGACACUCGGGCGUUUCAUUGUCACAGCCUGAAAGAAACACGCUUGAAGCAGCAGGGCAAAACACAGGCCCGGAGGAAGUUGCUCAUCACGUGUGCUGUGUGCUUGAUCUUCAUGAUCGGAGAAGUCAUUGGUGGUUAUGCUGCUCACAGUCUUGCUAUAAUGACAGAUGCUGCACAUCUUCUCACUGACUUUGGCAGUGUUUCAAUCAGUCUGUUCUCACUGUGGAUUUCAUCCAGGCCACCGUCCAAACGUCUGACCUUUGGAUGGCAUCGAUCAGAGGUUUUAGGAGCUCUUCUGUCUGUUCUGUCCAUCUGGACUGUGACGGUGGUUCUUGUUCUCUUUGCUGUUCAGAGGCUCAUCACUGAUGAUUAUGAGAUACACAGUGAUGUCAUGAUGAUCACAGCUGGAUGUGCUGUAGCGCUCAACAUCUGUUUGGCUUUCCUUCUCCAUCAGUCUCCGGUCCAUCACUCUCACAGUCAUGGCCACACAGAAGAGCACAGGAACCCCAGCGUGAGAGCUGCUUUCAUUCAUGUGCUGGGAGAUUUACUGCAGAGUUUAGGUGUGCUGGUGGCUGCCACAAUCAUCUACUUCAGGCCCGAAUGGAAAAUGGCAGAUCCUAUUUGUACUUUUCUGUUUUCAUUAUUUGUACUUGGAACAACAUUUACCAUCCUGAAAGACAUCUUCAAAAUACUCAUGGAAGGAGUCCCACGUGGUGUUGACUUUGACUCAGUGAAAGACAUUCUGCUGUCAGUGAGCGGAGUCAAAUCUACACACAGUCUGCAUAUGUGGUCUCUCACCACGAGCGAAACCCAGCUCUCCAUGCACGCGGUCAUAGAUGAGCAAAGCAACCCACAGACUGUGCUGAUGGACAUGACAAAACUACUCCAGACAGAAUAUGGAUUCAGUAAUAUCACCAUUCAGACGGAGAUGUACUCAGAUGAUGUGGCUUAUUGCUUACAGUGCCAGGACCCAAUGGACUGA